CCCCUAACUACCACCACCACGCACACUUCUUCUUUCUUCUCCCUGUUGAACGGGAGAACAGGGAGCGGGAGUCAGUGAGGUACGGACGGCCCUUCGGAUGCUCGGCCGCGGGGGGAAGAAGAAGAAGAAGAAGAAGAAGCUGCUGCUGCUGCUGCUGCGGAUAUCCGUCUCAUACCUGCCUCCUCAAGACGGGCUCUUCUCAUCGCCUAAUUUUUUUCCUUCCCCGCUGACCGUUUUGUGUGAAAGCUAGAUAAGAAAAAAAAGCCUGAUUUGGUUUCGUAACGCGCUGCACCGGUAGCAGCAGCGCGGAGGGAAAGAUCUUUUUUCGAGGAUGCGGAUUUAACGGAAAGACGUUAUCAGUGUCACCUGGGAUUUUUAACCGUUAAAAUUCGAAUUAGCUUAGUCGCACGCGUCGGUAGCAAAGGAAGAAAUUUUUCAUGUCUGCAGCAAUAUUACAAAUAGAGACGCGAUAGAAAUAAUAUCGACAGCCUCUUUACCAGAAGACAAAAUAAGGGGUUGAAUGAGUUUUCCUCCAGCCUGGACACCAUGAGCACCAUUUCACCAACAGACUUUGACAGUUUGGAGAUCCAGCAGCAGUAUAAUGACAUCAACAACCGCUGGGAUCUGGCAGCAGAGACUGACUGGGACAAUGAGAACAGUUCAGCACGCCUCUUUGAGCGCUCACGCAUCAAGGCUCUUGCAGAUGAGCGUGAAGCAGUACAGAAGAAGACCUUUACCAAAUGGGUGAACUCUCACCUAGGCCGAGUGACUUGUCGCAUUGGUGACUUGUACACCGACCUGCGCGAUGGCCGCAUGCUAAUCCGCCUUCUGGAAGUGCUCUCAGGAGAACAGCUGCCAAAGCCCACUAAGGGCCGCAUGCGUAUCCACUGCCUGGAGAAUGUUGACAAAGCCCUGCAGUUUCUCAAGGAGCAAAAAGUCCACUUAGAAAACAUGGGCUCACAUGACAUUGUGGAUGGGAAUCACCGUCUCACCCUGGGUCUCAUCUGGACCAUCAUCCUUCGCUUCCAGAUCCAGGACAUCAGUGUGGAGACAGAAGACAACAAGGAGAAGAAAUCGGCUAAAGAUGCCCUGCUGCUUUGGUGCCAAAUGAAAACUGCUGGAUACCCCAAUGUCAACAUCCACAACUUCACAACCAGCUGGCGAGAUGGUCUGGCGUUCAAUGCCAUCGUGCACAAACACAGACCUGACCUGAUUGAGUUUGACAACCUGAAGAGGUCCAACGCUCACUACAAUCUCCAAAAUGCUUUCAAUGUGGCUGAGAAGGAACUGGGGCUUACCAAGCUGCUGGACCCAGAGGAUGUUAACGUUGAUCAGCCUGAUGAGAAAUCCAUCAUUACCUACGUGGCGACCUACUACCAUUACUUCUCCAAGAUGAAAGCUUUGGCAGUGGAGGGCAAAAGAAUUGGCAAGGUGCUGGAUUAUGCUAUUGAGGCUGACCAGCUGAUAGAGAAAUAUGAGACCUUGGCCUCAGAGCUUCUGCAGUGGAUUGAGCAGACCAUUGUAACACUCAAUGACAGGCAGCUAGCUAACUCACUGAGUGCUGUGCAGAACCAGCUCCAGGCUUUCAACUCCUACCGGACUGUGGAGAAACCCCCCAAAUUUACAGAGAAAGGAAAUUUGGAGGUUCUUCUCUUUACUAUCCAGAGCAAGAUGCGAGCAAACAACCAGAAAGUCUACAUGCCAAGAGAGGGCAAACUUAUUUCUGACAUAAAUAAGGCAUGGGAGCGACUGGAAAAGGCAGAGCACGAACGAGAGCUGGCUCUGAGAAAUGAGUUGAUUCGCCAGGAGAAGCUGGAGAUGCUUGCUGCUCGUUUCGACCGCAAAGCUGCUAUGCGGGAGACAUGGCUGAGUGAGAACCAGAGGCUGGUGUCUCAGGACAACUUUGGAACAGACUUGGGAGCAGUGGAAGCUGCCACCCGUAAACAUGAGGCAAUUGAGACAGACAUUGGAGCGUACUGGGAGCGUGUGGCUGCUGUGGAAGCUGUUGCCAAAGAGCUGGAAGCAGAGGCAUACCAUGAUGUACGACGUAUACUUGCACGAAGGGAUAAUGUACUUCGACUCUGGGAAUACCUGAAAGAACUUCUGGUUGCACGCAGGGAGCGACUGAAUGCCCAUCGUGACCUACAGAGACUGUUUCAGGAGAUGCGUUACAUCAUGGACUGGAUGGCAGACAUGAAGGGUCGUCUUCAGUCUCAGGACAGUGGCAAACAUUUGCAUGAUGUGUUAGACCUGCUUCAGAAACACACUCUGGUGGAGGCUGACAUUUCAGCUCAGGCAGAGAGGAUCAAGGCAGUGCAGGGAGCUGCAAAUCGCUUCACUUCCUAUGAACAGGCCUACAAACCAUGUGAGCCAGGACUAGUUAGUGAGAAGGUUGACCUGCUGGGUCAGGCCUAUGAGGAGCUUGGCCAGCUUGCUGGGAAACGCAGAGAGCGCCUAGAGGACUCUCGGCGUCUGUGGCAGUUCCUCUGGGAUCUCGGAGAGGAGGCAGCCUGGAUCAGAGAGCAGGAACAGAUCCUGGCUAGUGGAGACUGUGGGCGUGACCUCACUUCUGCUCUUCACCUGCUUAGUAAACAUGAGGCUUUCAGGGAUGAGAUGGCAGCCCGCUAUGGCCCCCUGAGUAACAGCAUUGCUGCUGGAGAAGCUUUGGUUAAGGAGGGACACUUCGGAGCCCCAGAGGUAACCGAGAGGAUUCAAGACAUCCGUGCACAGUGGGCACAUCUGGAAGAGACAACCAAACUGAGAGAGCAGAGUCUUAAGGAAGCUGUGGCCCUGCAUCAGUUCCAAACAGAUGCCAAUGACAUGGAGGCUUGGAUCAUGGAGACAUUUAGACAGGUGUCAAGUCAGGAGGUGGGCCACGAUGAGUUCUCCACUCAAACUCUAGCUCGCAAGCAGAGGGAAAUAGAGGAGGAGAUCCAGAGCCACCGCCCCCUCAUCGACUCCCUGCAUGAGCAGGUCCAAGCACUGCCACAGGCCUAUGUACAAUUCCCUCAGGUGGAUGGCCGCCUACCUGCUAUUGAGCAGCGUUAUGAAGAACUGGAGUCUCUGUCAGCAGCUCGCCGGCAAGCUCUGGAAGGUGCCCUGGCCCUCUACCGCAUGUUCAGUGAGGCUGGUGCCUGCCAGCUCUGGGUGGAAGAAAAGGAGCAGUGGUUACAUUGCAUGGAAAUUCCAACAAAACUGGAGGACUUAGAGGUGGUGCAGCAGAGAUUCGAGACUCUUGAACCUGAGAUGAACAACCUUGGCAGUCGUGUCACUGAUGUGAACCAGGUGGCAGAGCAGCUGCUGAGCUCUGACAACUGUAGCAAAGACCAAAUCCACCAGACACGAGACCAACUAAACAACAGAUGGGCAGAGUUUGAACAACUGGCUGGUCAAAAGAAACAAGCCCUAGAGUCUGCCCUUAAUAUCCAGAACUACCACCUGGAGUGUAAUGAGAUCCAAACUUGGAUGAAGGAAAAGACUAAGGUGAUUGAGUCUACUCAGAGCCUGGGCAAUGACCUCGCUGGAGUGAUGGCACUGCAGCGCAAACUCACUGGCAUGGAGAGGGACCUGGAGGCCAUUCAGGGCAAAUUGGAUGACCUGAGAAAUGAAGCAGAUAAGCUGGCCAAGGAACAUCCAGAUCAGGCAGGAGAGAUCCAAGGGCGCCUGGCAGAGAUUCAAGAAGUGUGGGACGAGUUGAACGCCACCAUGAAGCGACGCGAGGAGUCAUUGGGUGAAGCCAGCAAGCUGCAGGGCUUCCUUAGGGAUCUGGAUGACUUCCAGUCCUGGUUGUCCCGCACCCAGACAGCCGUGGCAUCAGAGGACAUUCCCACUUCUCUGCCUGAGGCUGAGAGUUUGCUAGUUCAGCAUGAGAGUAUUAAGAAUGAGGUGGAUAACUAUAAGGAGGACUAUGAGAAGAUGCGGGCAGUCGGUGAGGAGGUGACCCAAGGUCAAACAGAUGCCCAGCACAUGUUCUUGGCCCAGAGGCUCCAGGCACUGGAUACCGGCUGGCAUGAGUUGCGUCGCAUGUGGGAGAACCGCCACAGUCUUUUGGCCCAAGCCUUUGACUUCCAGAAUUUCUUGAGAGAUGCAAAGCAGGCAGAGGCUUUCCUGAACAGCCAGGAGUAUGUCCUAUCUCACACAGAGAUGCCCACCAGUCUUCAGGGAGCAGAGGAGGCCAUUAAGAAGCAUGAGGAUUUCCUCACCACCACAGAGGCCAGUGAAGAGAAGAUAACUGGUGUGGUGGAGGUUGGACGGCGCCUCAUUAAUGACUCUAAUGCAAACUCUGAUAAGAUCCAGGAAAAAGUUGACUCCAUCCAGGAAAGGCAUCUUAAGAAUAAGGAGGCUGCAAAUGAACUGCUGUCAAAACUUAAGGAUAACCGUGAACUUCAGCACUUCCUCCAAGAUGGGCAGGAGCUUACAUUGUGGAUCAAUGAGAAGAUGCUGACGGCACAGGACAUGUCUUACGAUGAGGCCAGAAAUCUUCACAGCAAGUGGCAGAAGCACCAGGCCUUUAUGGCAGAGCUGGCCUCUAACAAAGACUGGCUAGACAAAAUUGACAAGGAGGGUCAGGCGCUGGUGGCAGAGAAGCCCGAGCUGAAACCUGUUGUCCAGCAGACCCUGGAGGACCUACAGCGUCAGUGGGAAGAGCUUGAGGGCACCACCCGUACCAAAGCCCAAUGUUUGUUCGAUGCUAAUAGGGCAGAGCUCUUUACACAGAGCUGCUCUGCUCUAGAUGUCUGGCUGAAAAACAUUGAGAGUCAGCUGCAUAGUGAUGACUAUGGCAAAGAUUUGACCAGUGUCAACAUCCUGCUCAAGAAGCACCAGAUGCUGGAGCACCAGAUGGAGGUCCGAGAGAAAGAGGUGCAGUCCCUGCAGUCUCAGGCUCUGGCACUGUGCCAGGAAGAUGCUGGACUGGCUGAGGUAGAUGGUCAGCAAAGGCGUGUCACUGACAACUUCUCAAACCUUCAGGACCCUCUCAAACUGAGGAGACAGAGACUACUGGCCUCCAAAGAAGCACAUCAGUUCAACAGAGAUCUGGAGGAUGAAAUUCUAUGGGUGAAAGAGAGGAUGCCCCUGGCAACCUCAACAGACCAUGGAAAAGACCUGCCUACUGUUCAGCUGCUAAUCAAAAAGAACCAGACAUUACAGAAGGAGAUCCAAGGCCACCAGCCUCGCAUUGAUGACAUCCACAGACGAGGAAAGACUCAGAGCCAGGUAGAUGGUGAGAGGCAGUCUGUUCUGGAGGAGCGUCUUGUUGAGCUGAAGGACCUUUGGGACCAGCUGAUUGCAGAGACAGACAAACGUCAUGCCCGUCUAAUAGAGGCCAAUCGCGCCCAGCAGUUUUAUGCUGAUGCAGCAGAGGCAGAGGCUUGGAUGGGCGAGCAAGAGCUACACAUGAUGUCAGAGGAAAAAGCUAAGGAUGAGCAAAGUGCACUAGUGAUGGUCAAGAAACACCAGAUCCUGGAACAGGCACUUGAAGACUACGCCCAAACCAUUCACCAGCUAGCCAACAGCAGCCGCCUCAUGGUCACCAGUGAACACCCAGAGAGCGAGAGAAUCACCUUACGGCAAGCCCAAGUGGAUAAGCUGUAUGCAGGGUUAAAAGACCUUGCUGAGGAGCGCCGUGGACGGCUUCAGGAGAGACUACGACUGACCCAGCUGAAGCGGGAGGUGGAUGACCUGGAACAGUGGAUUGCAGAGAGGGAGGUGGUUGCUGGCUCUCAUGAACUAGGACAGGACUAUGAACAUGUCACAAUGCUGAGGGACAAGUUCCGGGAGUUUGCUCGUGACACCAGCACCAUUGGCCAAGAGCGUGUAGAUGGUGUAAAUGGGCUGGCAGAUGACCUGAUUGAGUCGGGUCAUCCUGAGAACGCCAGUGUGGCUGAGUGGAAGGACGGGUUAAACGAAGCCUGGGCAGAUCUGCUGGAGCUGAUUGACACACGCACACAAAUGUUGGCAGCCUCCUAUGAGCUACACCGCUUCCAUCAGGAUGCCAUGGAGGUGCUUGGACGUGUUAAGGAAAAGAGGGAGGUGCUGCCCUCUGACCUUGGCCGUGAUCUGAACACUGUCCAACAUCUACACAGACAGCACACUGCUUUUGAACAUGACAUCCAGGCCCUCAGUGGACAGGUGAACCAGGUGCAAGAUGAUGCAGCACGGCUGCAGAAGGCUUACGCUGGAGAGAAAGCCGAUGACAUUCACAGGAGCGAACAUGCCGUGACUUCUGCCUGGGAGGGCCUGCUUGAGGCUGGUCAGACCCGCAGGCUCCUCCUGCUGGACACAGUGGAGAAGUUCCGCUUCUUCAACAUGGUGCGAGACCUUAUGCUCUGGAUGGAUGGUGUCAACCUGCAAAUCGAUGCACAUGACAGUCCCAGGGAUGUAUCUUCUGCAGGGCUGGUCAUUGCCAAUCACCAGGACAUCAAGUCAGAGAUUGAGACCAGGGCAGACAGCUUCACUGCCUGUAUUGAGAUGGGAAAUACUCUCAUUAACAAUAAUCACUAUGCAGCUGAUGAGAUUCGGGAAAAACUGGUUCAACUCCAGGAAAAGAGAGACAAGAUCAACAAAAAAUGGCAAGACAAGAUGGACCAUUUACAAAUUGUGCUGGAGGUGUUGCAGUUUGGACGAGAUGCCUAUGUGGCAGAGUCUUGGUUGGCAGGGCAAGAACCUCUGGUGCGAGCAGCAGAGCUGGGCUCAAAUGUGGAUGAGGUCGAGAGCCUAAUUAAGCGUCAUGAGGCCUUUGAGAAACUUGCUGCAUCCUGGGAAGAGCGCUUUGUCCUUCUGGAAAAACUCACUACACUUGAGGAGCAGGAGAUCCAGAGGAGGCGAGAGGAAGAGGAGAGGGCACGACGACCCCCUACACCACCCCCAGUUGAAGAAGUGGCACAAUCCGAGACAGAAAGUCAAGCACAUGAUUCUGCAGCCAGAACCAGUCUGGACCAGACCACACUCAAUCAGUCGGUGUCAGUGAAUGGAGUACAUAGUGACAAUGACACAUCUCAGCAGUCAUUAUCGCUAUCGUUGUCAGUGGGAAAGAAAUCAGACCCUAAACGUGUGUGUAAGCCAAAGCAGCCGGAGCGUGGCUCAGAGUCCGAGUCGGUGAACGGACCAGGUAGGGACAGUGGUCUGGCAUCAUCUCGCCUUGAGCCGUCUGCCACGUUACCAAGCAGGGGAGGAGCAGAGUCUGAGCCAGAAACCAUGGAGGGGAUGCUCUGUCGAAAACAGGAGAUGGAGUCCCACAGCAAAAAGGCAGCUAGCAGAUCCUGGCAGAACGUGUACUGUGUCCUAAGAAAAGGAAGUCUCGGUUUUUAUAAAGACGGCAAGAGCGCUAGCAACGGCAUUCCAUACCACGGAGAGGUACCCAUCAGUCUCGGGGAGGCUGUGUGUGAGGUAGCCCACGACUAUAAGAAGAGGAAACAUGUAUUCAAGCUCAGGCUAGGGGAUGGAAAAGAGUACCUGUUUCAAGCAAAGGAUGAGGCGGAAAUGAGUUCCUGGAUCCGGUCCAUCCUCGGUUCCAUUCCAACAGGAUCAGGAGACUCGCCUGGAGGUCCAAGGGCCCUCAGCCGUGCCAUGACAAUGCCUCCCAUCUCCCCCAGUUCAGGUGAUGCAGGAGGUGUUACCAUGCGCAACAAAGAGGGGAAAGAGAAGGAUCGCGAGAAGAGGUUCAGCUUUUUUGGCAAGAAGAAAUAGAACACUUCAUUGAUGAAAACUACAUUUGUCAAAUCUCAACCAAGUGAGGCAGGCAGAAAGGAAAGUACAAACAGGUCACACAAACAUACUGCUCUCAGUGCAGGCCCCAAGGAAUUUGUCGACAGCUACUGUAUGUGGCAUACAGAGAACUUUGUUUCUUUUCUUUCUCUUGGAUUCUCUCCCUCGCUGGUUUUAUCUGUCAUUUACUUUUUUGUUUACCCAAUCCAUAUUUCACAUUUAACUGCACCCAACAAUGAAAUCCCUCAUCCAAAGGCGAUCAGCAGAGCUUAUUAGUCAGUAACAGGUCUGGUUGUCGUUACCAGGGAUCCUGGCCCAGUUCAGUUCCAGUCCACCAAAUUGGCUCCUCUUCAACAUGAAUCUUUUCUCUUCAGUGAGUCUUGACUAGCAGAGCCAUUUUGAUGCUGUGUCACUAAUAAAACACUGGAUGCUGGCUUUCUACUGUGGUGCACUCUGGUUUUAAUUCCCCCAUGUACAAGCUCUCUCUCUCUUUUUGGGAAGCAUCACAUCAGUCUUUUUUUCUGUUCUUGGUAUUGAUGUUAUUAACCUGACCAAUAUUAUUGCUAUAAUUAUUAUUAUUAUUAUCAUUAUUAUUUAUCUUUUGCUAUUGCUGGUUUGAGAAAACAAACUAAUUAAUUUGACAGUAGAUAAUCUUGAUUCAUGUUGUGGAGAGAAAUAAAUUUGGUUAAACUAGUGGAGAAUGUUGGGCUUGCCCUUGUAUGUAUUAUUUUGUUUCUCUCUUCUUUUUUUUGUUUAGGAAAGACAGUUAAUUGAGUGUUUUGAGAAAAAAAUAAAGCUCUUUAAAUUUUAA